AUGCAGACCCAUCAACCGCUCCCCACCGGGGGCCAGCCUGAAAGACGCUGGUCCUUCCAGCCUCUUCUGUCUCAACAUUCAAGUCGAACCAGCUCCCUCGCAGAAACUCCCGAGCGAGUUCCAUCGACCGGAGUUCCGAUUGCCUAUGGUCAGGAUGCUGGACAAUGGAGUGACAGCUCGCCCCGGAGUAGUCAGGACAGCAGCGACUACGAAGAACUAUCUGCCACGCGUGACGAUCUUAGCGCGAGGGCGGAGGAGGUGAUAUACCACUACAGGCGCAUAGCCGACGAACAUAUCGCGCUGAUCGAGAAAAAGAAGGAGCUGGAUGAAAGAGAGACAAAGUUAAACUGGGAAAGGGCAUUCUUAACCCAGAGAGAAGAGGAUGUAACCUUUCGAGAGCAGAACCUAAUCGCAGAAUGGAAGAAGCUACAUGCUGCACCGAGGUUGUUACUGGCCAGGGAGCUAAGCAUUUGUGAUGCGACGACCCAUCUUCUUAAUAAAGAGAGAGAUCAAAUAGAGAGGGAGAACACGAUAGUUGAGCGAGAGCAGGAGAUAUAUGAGCGAGAGAAAGACAUGUUCGAACGAGAGAAAGACAUGUCCGAACGAGAGAAAGACAUGUCCGAACGAGAGGAAAAGAUUUCCGAGCGACAGAGAGAGGUAGUAAACGGCGGGAGAGCUAUCCAACGGAGUAGUUCAUAUAACUCCAUUGGAAGGACGAUAAGUGAACCGACACCCUUUGAACUCGGGGAUUAUUGA